UCCAACCAAGGUCCUGCGAUUCUUCCAUGUCGCAGACGCAUUCCUCCAACUCCUCAACCCGGAUAGUCUCCAUGGCUCUCGAUUGCUCGCAUCAGUAGCGACCUUCGCGUCGUUGGUCGGCCUCUGCACGUUGAGCAUCGCCUUCGUCGCUCGUAUCAGUUGCCAUUCUUCUCUUCCACCCUCGGCUCCGGCGGGAAAACUGCCGGCGGUGACCCGGCGACUCCUGCUUCUGUCUCCGCUCUUUGCCACCACGCCGGCAUUCCUUGACCGUGUCUUGCACAGUUGUACGGCCGUGCCGCAGCUUCGACGCCCGCCACCUGUUUGACGGAAUGCCUCCGCCGCAAGAAGGCAAGAGAGCCGCUCUAGCCCGCGACGAGGACAUCAUCGGCGCCCUUCCGGAAGAUCUCCUGCAGCACGUGCUCUCCUUCCUCCCGGCGCAGCAGGCCGUGCGGACCUGCGUGCUCGCCCGCCGCUGGCGCGACCUCUGGAAAUGCGUGGCAGGCCUGCGCAUCACCGGCAGCCAGGAGUCGGAGGUGACGCCCGUCCAGGAGCUCCGCGAGUUUGUGAACCACCUUCUGCUCCUUCGCUGUCGAGCGCCAAUCGACACGUGUGAGCUCAGGUUCGCUGUGGUCUCCGACGACGACGUGCCCCGUGUGGGCCUCUGGAUCCGGCACAUUAUACUCUGCCAAGUUCGGCUGCUCCGGCUCGAUAUCUCUCGGGAUGGCUACGGUGUUCACUUUUAUGUGGACAACCUGCCUCUUGCCUCUCAGCAUUUGACGAGGCUAGAGCUUAUUGACACAGGGUUAAACGACAGCUUCCUCGACUUUGCCGGCUGCCCGGCGCUGGAAGAUCUGGUAAUCAUCAAUGGCUGUUUCGUCCAUGUCAGGAAGAUCUCUUCAGUGUCUCUAAAACGCCUGGCCAUCGCUGAUAGCAGUUUCAAUCAGCAUGCCCGUACUAGUAUUUAUGCUCCAAGUCUUGUUUCUCUACGACUAGAGGACAACUGGGACAGGACUCCUGUGCUUGAGAGCAUGCCGUCGUUGAAGGCUGCAUUCGUCAGAUUUAUCAAAGAAUCUGUGGACAGGUGUUUUUAUUCCGACUCUUGGGAUUGCCACAAUGAGGACUGUCAAGGUUGUUAUGAUCUACAGGCUGUUAAUUCUCAUGACUCAGUGCUUCUCAAAGGUUUAUCUGAGGCUGAGAAUUUGACAUUGAUAGAUGAACAUGACACGUUUAUUUUCAGAAGGGAUUUGAUAUGGUGCCCUACAUUUAGUAAGUUAAAGACUUUGUUACUCAAUGAAUACUGGUGCGUGCCCGACGACUUCCACGCACUAGCUUGUAUUCUUGAACACUCACCAUUUCUGGAGAUUCUCACUCUUCAUUUCUUUUCCAAGGGACCUAAUCAUAAAGUGGAAAUAAAAGGAGGUUACAAUGCAGUGGAGAGCUCAGCUGCAAUAUCAAAACACCUUAAGGCAGUCGAAGUCAAAUGUAACUCGGUUGAUGCGGAAGUUCUCGAAAUUUUGAAAUUCCUUGGUACACUUAAAAUAUGUUUCGAGGGAAUGAAGGCCUUGGCUGAAGACAUAUGGCCUAUAUCAUCUUAAUUACUGUUUUAAGGAACGAAUGCAGUUUGCAGCAGUGACGAGGAUGCGACCUUUUGUCAGAAAUUCAUGUUGGUCCAACUCAGUGAAGCAGCUUAGAAAAAGUACUGAGAUGUUGAACCAGGUCUACCGCGUUAUAUUAUUUUUCCGUCUACCGUGGCUAUGUACUGUUUUUUAAUCGGCCUCCUUUGACUGAUUUAUCUUGCUGAAGAUGUAUUUUCACUUCUGUUAUUGUGAUAAUGUGUCAGAACCUAGUGCCAUAUCUCAUACUCCCUCCUUCCCGAAUUAGUGUCGGGUACAUCCGUAUAUAGAUAAAUCUAAGACAACUAAUUUAGGAUGGAGGUAAUAUUUGUUAGUGUAUUUAUUAUUGUUCAU